GAUUAUCCAGCAACCGCAUCAUGUUGGUGCGGCCGUCGAGGUCGAGCUCAUGCAGGGUCGCUCACGUAGGACUUCCGGCGCCAAAAUGACAUUCAAGAUCACAUUGGCAUCGGAUCCGAAGCUUCCAUUCCGCAUAGUGAACGUGCCAGAAGAAGCGCCAUUCACAGCCGUCCUCAAGUACGUUGCCGAGGAGUUCCAAGUGCCGUCAUCUACCAGCGCCAUCAUAACGAACGACGGCAUGGGAAUCAACCCGUCCCAAACCGCCGGCAAUGUAUUUUUGAAGCACGGCACGGAACUGCGCCUGAUUCCCCGCGAUCGCGUUGGCGGGUGCAUGGCGAUCGCAAUACUCUAGACAACGCCCUUUGUCGACCUUUUUCGUCCUUCUCAUCAACUACGUCCACGAUUUCGCCCGUCGAGGAGACUGGCAGCACGAGUAUUCAUUCGCCCAUGGACACUCUCUAUUGCAGCACCUUGUGCCGCCAUGAACACGGCGCAGACAUCAACGGUGGCUCUAAAGACCCUUGUUGUAGUACAGUUCGGUGGUUUCCGGGAAUCGCUUGCGAAUGAUGUCUUGGAUCUCCGGUUCGAGCGCUGUGGUCGAGAUCGCGCUUUUUUGAGGGAAGAGCGCGCAGCACAGCGGCGUGGACAAGCUCAAGCACGCACCUAGACAAUUUUCAACCGUGACACGUCGAUUUCGAGCACUCUCUUGUUGAGCAGUACCAGUGA